AAAGGCCACGCAAUCAACCGUGAGUGUUCACUCGCAAUUCCUUGCAAUCAGCAAGAAAUAUGGGAGGUUUCUUUUCUAGUCUGUUUUCGUCAUUGUUUGGUCAGAAGGAGCUACGAAUCCUUAUUUUAGGCUUAGAUGGAGCCGGUAAAACCACGAUCUUGUACAGGUUACAAGUUGGAGAAGUCGUAACGACUAUUCCAACAAUAGGAUUUAAUGUUGAAACAGUCACAUAUAAAAACCUUAAAUUUCAAGUGUGGGAUCUAGGAGGGCAAACAAGUAUUAGGCCAUACUGGAGAUGUUACUACUCUAACACAGAUGCUAUUAUAUAUGUGGUAGACAGUAUGGAUAGAGAAAGAAUAGGCAUUUCAAAGCAGGAGUUGAUUGCCAUGUUAGAGGAAGAUGAACUCAAAAAAGCCAUCCUAGUGGUUUUUGCCAACAAACAGGAUAUCGAAGGAGCCAUGACAGCUUCAGAGGUCUCAAAUGCUCUGGGUCUUUCUGCAUUGAAGAGUCGCACAUGGUCCAUAUUUAAAACCUCUGCAACUAAAGGAGAAGGACUUGACGAGGCUAUGGAAUGGUUAGUGGACAGUCUAAAAUCAAGACAGUGAUGAACAAAGCUGUUGGAUAUAAUUUAAAAGUAGUACACCUCAUAAAAUGAAGUUAGUUGGUAGAGCUUGGGAAUUGAGAAAGAUCUGCCUUUACCAACAAGUUGUCUUCUAUCAAACUUGUUUACUGUGUGUAAUAGCUAUUUUGUACCACAAAUCUAUAUGCUUAAGAAUAGAGUAAAUGUAUGCUCAAAAUCGGAAAAGAGGUCUUCUUUUUUUUUUAGAUUCUAUCCCCAAUAGCUGUCAUAUUUAAGUAAAUUUUUGAGCUAUGAAUAUUGUCAUGUUAUUGCAACAUUAGACUACAAGCAGUCUCUCCUUUUCGGUAAAGUCCAUUGCGCAAUUAAAAAAAAUACAAAUGAAAAUAUAGCUGUUGUCAGUGUGCUGCGGGAAGCUUUCAGAGUGACGCCAUUGCAUCACAUGAGUGAGGAGGGACUUCUGAUAGUCUAUUGCAACAUGUACCAGUACAUCUUGAGGUAUAAACAUUCUCUGAUGCAUUAUAAAACUAACUUUAUUCACACACCAGUUAAUUCUGAUUUAUUAAGAAAAAGUAUUUAUUUAGUACUCAGUUCACCUGGUAGCCACAGUUAUACUCCUCACUGAGCCGCCUGUUAACCCCUUAUGCCCUAAUAUCAGUAUGCAUAUUCUCCAUAGUGUUCUCUAAACAUUUCUUAAGAUGUUGAUAAGCAGAAUUUGUUUAAUAAUCAAGAGCUUUUUUAGUUAGUGAUGAUUUCCUUUAUUCUUGUGACGUUGAUGUGUGUUGCAGGGCUGUUACUGUGUGGAGAAAUUAGCUUCUAGUCACUCCCAGGGGUCAAAGGGUUCAGAUGUAAUUUUUUUUAGCCAUUUUGCUGUUUUCUUUUUUUCUCAUUUUGUAUGUAACCUUGGAAUAUUAAUAUUUUCUUUAACAGUGGAUAGAAGAAACAACAAUUACUGACAUUUCAACGAAAAGGAAAUAUGUUACGUUCAUUUUUGCUUUAGUUUGUUGUUUUGUAUGUAACCUCAGGUUUUGAGGACUAAAAUUACUAAGCUGGUUGGAAGUUUUUGCCUUUGUUUUUCUUGCUUUUUUUUUUUGUUACUGUUUUCUGAAAUAUGUAGUAACAACAGCAGUGUUCACCUUCCUUUGUUAAAUACUGCAAUUAGCGUAAUAUCCUAUUCAUGCGAAAUAAACUGGUGAAAACAUU